CUGCUUUCGCCUCCCCCUCUUCUACCCUCCUCUUCCCUCUCCUUCUUCUCUUUUUAUUUUUUUUCAUUGCCUUUCCACCGUUUCCCAACCCUUUUUGACCUCAGCGCUGGACAUUAUCUUCCCAUUCUUUCCUUCGUCCGAAAUACCCCAGAGCUUAUCUUUCCUAUCUCCAGCUCUCCGCUACCAUUUCAAUGGCUUCGGAUUCGGCACCCGCAGAUGGCACCGGUGUCAUCAAGCUCGACCCAUGGCUCGAGCCGCACCGCGACGCCCUCAAACGUAGAUUCGAGUUCGUGGAGAGUUGGGUCAAGACCAUCAACGAGCAUGAGGGUGGCUUGGAGAAGUUCAGCAGGGGUUAUGAGAGAUACGGCCUCAAUGUCGCCGAGAAUGGUGACAUUGUCUACAGAGAAUGGGCUCCCGGGGCGGUUGAGGCCCAGUUAGUUGGCGAAUUCAACAACUGGGACGUCAAGGCGAACCCGAUGAAGCAGAAUGAUUUCGGCGUCUGGGAGGUCACGGUACCGGCUAAGAAUGGUGUUCCAGCCAUUCCGCACGACAGCAAAAUCAAGAUCACUAUGGUCACACGCGCUGGGGAACGAAUCUACCGGAUACCCGCUUGGAUCAAGCGCGUGGUACAAGAUCUGAGCGUAUCCCCUAUCUAUGAGUCCGUGUUUUGGAACCCGCCCGAGGAAGAGCGGUAUCACUUCAAGCACCAGCGCCCGAGAAAGCCCGAGAGCCUGCGGAUCUACGAGGCCCACGUCGGAAUUUCAUCCCCUGAGACGAAAGUCGCAACCUACAAGGAGUUCACAAAGAACAUGCUGCCUCGGAUCAAGUAUCUGGGGUACAAUGCUAUCCAGCUCAUGGCCAUCAUGGAGCAUGCGUACUACGCCAGCUUUGGGUACCAGGUUAACAGCUUCUUCGCGGCGAGUAGCCGCUACGGCCCGCCGGAAGACUUGAAGGAGCUGGUUGAUACAGCUCACAGCAUGGGCCUGGUGGUGCUUCUUGAUGUUGUGCACAGUCACGCAUCCAAGAAUGUCUUGGAUGGCUUGAACAUGUUUGAUGGCACGGACCACUUGUACUUCCAUUCCGGAGGUAAGGGUCAGCACGACCUCUGGGACAGUCGACUGUUCAACUACGGCCACCAUGAAGUGCUGCGCUUCCUCCUGAGCAAUCUACGAUUCUGGAUGGAAGAGUAUGGCUUUGAUGGUUUCCGGUUCGAUGGUGUUACUAGCAUGCUUUACACGCAUCACGGCAUUGGAACAGGUUUCUCGGGUGGGUACCAUGAGUACUUCGGCCCCGCUGUUGAUGAUGAGGGCGUCAUGUACCUGACCCUUGCUAACGAGAUGCUCCACAACCUCUACCCCAACUGCAUCACUGUGGCAGAGGACGUAUCUGGCAUGCCAGCCUUGUGUCUGCCUCACUCGCUGGGUGGGGUUGGCUUUGACUACCGUCUCGCCAUGGCCAUUCCCGACAUGUACAUCAAGCUCCUGAAGGAGAAAGCUGAUGACCAGUGGGAUAUCGGCAACCUGGCUUUCACUCUUACUAACCGCCGUGACGGCGAGAAAACUAUCGCUUAUGCCGAGAGCCACGACCAAGCUCUCGUCGGCGACAAAUCCCUCAUGAUGUGGCUAUGCGACAAAGAAAUGUACACACAUAUGUCCAUUCUCACCGAAUUGACUCCGAUCAUCGAACGCGGGAUGUCUCUCCACAAACUCCUCCGCCUGGUCACCCACGCGCUCGGCGGCGAAGGGUACCUGAACUUUGAGGGCAACGAAUUCGGCCACCCUGAGUGGCUCGACUUCCCCCGUGCGGGCAACAACAACUCGUUCUGGUACGCCCGCCGCCAGCUCAACCUGACCGAGGACCACCUCCUGCGCUACCAGUUCUUGAACGAGUUCGACCGUGCCAUGCAACUGACGGAGGACAAGUACGGCUGGCUGCAUUCGCCUCAGGCUUAUGUCAGCCUCAAGCACGAGGGUGACAAGGUCCUCGUCUUUGAGCGGGCGGGUCUCCUCUGGAUCUUCAACUUCCAUCCCACGAACAGCUUCACGGACUACCGUGUUGGCGUGGAACAGGCGGGUACGUAUCGCAUCGUGUUGGACAGCGACGACAAGGUGUUUGGUGGGUUCGGGCGAAACAACAAGGAGACGCGAUUCUUCACGACUGAUCUGGAGUGGAAUGGGCGGCGGAACUAUCUGCAGGUCUAUAUUCCUACGCGGACGGCAUUGGUUCUCGCGCUGGAAGAGACUCUGUAAGAGACUGAGUCCACCCGGUCUUACUAGCGUUUGGCCCUAGUCCAAUUGAGCCAUCCUGCUGGCGAAGCAUGGAAGGAGGCACGCUAGCUAGUCAGCAUGAAUCUUUGUGCGCCAUCAUCUUGUAUUCCUGUUUCUAGUUUCGGACUUUGCUAGCGAUUAAUAAACACCCUGAUUUAUGCGUUAUGUUAGCUACUGUGAUUAAAAUAGCAGAGAAGAGCCGGUUGCAAGAGAUUUAGUA